AUGGAGAAAGCCAACGUGGUCAAGUCAAAGUCUUCCAACAGCGCCAUCACUUCUAAAUCGGACAACCGAAGCAACAAAAAGAGCAGAAGCAACGCUGAAUUCCAACGGAACGUGGUGAAGAAGCGAGGAGUGUACGUGGAGAAGAAGGCUACUAACAUUAGCAUUCAUGACGCAGAAAAUUUGCCGACCGCACUAAAAGCUCCGCGUCGUCCUAAACCAAACCAGAAGAGAUUCUUAGCUUCAGUCCUGACUAUACUCUCUAAAUCUACUGCCGCCACGCAGUUUCCUGAACCUGGAACAGCUUCCACUAAGAAGGCGAAAUCAAAAAAGACGGAUUCCAAAAAUCCUAAAAUAGACAACAAAAGAAAAUACACAUCAAAAGUACUCAAUGAUGAAAUGAUUCAAAAUCACGACCGGAAAUCGCUCGUGUUGCAAUAUAAGAAUAUCCACAAUACCACCAACUACUCCGACACGGAUUCUUUCAAGAACCGCGAUCAUUCCACUAAGAGUGUCAGAAGCAAUGCGAUGAAAAGUGACAUGGUGUCAGUAAUGUCAAGUGAAGCUAAAGGAGUCAUGAAACAGGUGCUGGAAGGUCUGCAAGAGAAGAAGGACCCAGGAAUGCAAGAUCCGGUGACUCAAGUCGAAAAAAUCAACAAAGCCAAAGAAACGGGAGAAAAUGAUGAACAACUGUACAAAUUCUUCGUUGACCUUUUGGAAACUACGUUCAGUGUUUAUAACGUGAAAGCUGAAUACGAUAAAGCGCCUAAUUUAGAAAGCACUUUCAGUUCUAAAGUGGCCUUCGAAAUUGACGAGUCUGUCGUCAAAAAAUUAGAAACGAGAAACACGUUUCAUGACGAUGAAACUCAAAAGCAAUCGCAUUACUACAGCGUCAAAGAUACAGAUGUGUUUGGUCUAAAUGCAGUACCAGAGGUGCGUAAAAAUACCAGAGAGAUCAUUGAAGAACCACGUCAGCCGACACGCCCGAAACGGAGGAUGAAAACGCAGUCUUUUAUCUACAACAUGAAACAGAAGAAGUCUUUCGACGCAAAUUUAGAGCCGAUGCGUUUACCAAAGAAGCGAUUAUCGAAGAAGGAUAAAAAGAAGACGCUAUUAAAUCUAUUUAAAGAGCAGCUCAAGUUAAGCUACAGCGAAUAUGAGGAGCCACAAACGUUAUACCAAGCGUUGAGAGUUAUUGCAAAGAACAAACGGAAAUGUGAAAGAGUCCGCUUUGACGAGCCGCAGACGAAGGAAUGCGUUUUCAGAAGACCCAAGGUGAUAUCAACGAGAAAACCUAAGAGGAAUGCGAAAUACGAUCACGAAUAUGAGAACAAUCCGUAUGAUAACAUGAGGACGUCUAAAUCUCUUCUCAAAACUGAUGCGUUGAAAGUAGCCGAAAAGGAUUCCUAUCGUACAUUGGAAGUGUAUGGAUUUGACUACGAAAAUGAUAAUAAUCCCGCUUACAGCGCUGGCAACGAAACGCAACAACAGUUUACUUCCGAUGACGAGUUUGAUUUCGACGAUUUUAACAGUUAUGUCAAUGGGAAAGAAUCGUUUGAUGUAAAUGAUCAAGACAGGACGGGCUGA